AUGAAUACCAAUACAGACUUGGAUAAAUUGUUAUUCCUAAAAUCCAAUUAACCUCAUUAAUCCUAGAACCCAGAUAUUACAAUCACUUCUUAUAGCGAUAUAUCAGAUGGAACGCCCAAUAAAUAAUCAUUCAAAUUUUCAACAAAAGCAAAACAAGAAGAUGUUCAACCUUAAAUGCAAGCUUCAAAUUCAAUUAUGGAAUCAAUGACUCCCAAGAAAAUCAAUAAAUUAAUUGAUUGGUCCAAAUAUAAUGUUGCUCCAGGAAAUGGCAAAAAUAUUUUCCCUUAAGUAGCUGGUAUUAGUAUUGAAUUUUCUAAUGAAAACUCAUUGAAUUUUAAGCAAUAAGUCAAAGUAAAUGAUGAUCAUUUUUCACAUAAAUUCAUUGAGAUUGAAUAGAAGUCAAAAGAUUUCUCAAACAUAGAUGUAUUGACUACAAAAAAUGAAUCAUCAGAAUCCAAAAAAAUUGAAUCUUUAUAGAAUGCUAUCUCAUAAAAAGAUUAAAUGAUAAGUGAAUUAAAAAACGAAAUAGCAUAACUAUAAUCAUAGGAUCAUACUUUAUAGCAAGAAAUCGAAAAAAUGUAUAAAAUUCUUCAUAGCAAAGAAAAAACUAUAGAAAAUCAAGAAUUGUAAAUAUCUAACCUAACAACUCUAAUAAAAAAUGAAUAACAAGAUUAAAAUAUGCUAUCUGAAAUCAAAAUAAAAGAAAUUAAAAGAUCCAGUGUUUUCGAAGUCAAUACAAAAUGUUAAAUUUGCUUAGCUGGGAAACAAGAACUAAAAAACAUUCUUAAAGAAUGUUCAUUAGAAAGUGAGUCAAGUAUUCUGGAUAUGGAAAAUGAUUUGGCAACUUAAAUUCGCGAGGUUGUCACUUUAUUAUUAUCAAGAUAAAGAGAAUAAAUUGACAUAGCAUUAGAAUAGUAAGAGGAUAUGAUUAAAGAAUUAACAGAUCAAAUUGAAUAAUAUAAAGAAUAAAAAACAUAAGCCUCAGAAGAAAAUAAAUCAUUAUAAAGAAAGAUAUCGUUAAUAUUUAAUUAAUCGUAGGAAUAGGAGAAAAAUUUAAUCGAAGAAUUUGAGAAAAUCAAAAAAAUUAAUUACAAUCUAAUCUAGGAAAAUUAGCACUUUAAAUUGUAAAUAUCAUCAUCUAAAAGCAGAGACUUAUCUAAAUAGUCUAUGGAUUUUGAAAAGCUAAAAAGUUGUUGUAAUUCUACUUAAUCUGAUAAAAAUGAAUUAUAUGGUGAUAUCCAUUUAAUGAGACAACAAUUUUAAAGUCAAAUUACAGAAUUGCUUGAAAAAAAAUAAGAAUAUGAGAAGUAAAUACAAUAGUUGAAAGAAGACUCCUUUUCAAAAAGUAACUACAAAUUUUAGCUCUAAAGUAUUAAAGAAAAAGAUAAAAAAAAUAUUGAAUUAUUUUCUUAAAUCAAAAUGCUAUAAUAAACUUAAAAGGAAAGCGAAAGGUCAAUAUUAGAAUUAAAAGAUGAAUAAGAAAAAUUAAAAAAAAAAGUGCAGUUCAAAAAUGUUGAAAUCAAGCAAUAUAUUGAAUAAAAUAAAACUAUUUAAGACAAGAAUAAUGAGUUGAGCACUAGAAUUAUUUAAUUGCAAUAAAAAUUAAUUUCAUAAGGAUCAAAUCAAAAGGAUUUAAGGUAAUCACCAAAAAGCAGAAGUUUAGAAUAAAGUCGAGUUAUCAGUUAAUAUUUACAACCAAAUAUGAAUCAUCAACAAUUAAAUUAAUUAAUUAAUGAAUACAAAAGUUAUCAAUAAGAGUUCGUAGAUUUAAAAGUGGUCUUUGCUGAAAAAAUAAAAUAAUAUGAAAUCUUAUAAAAUAAAAUUCAAAAAUUAUAAAAUGAUAAUUUCUCGUUAAACCAUUUAAACUAAAAACUGAUUAAUGAAAAUAAUAAAUUGAAAGAGGAUAGAAUUAUUACAAAAAGAACUAGUGAGGAAUUUGCUCCUGGUGUAAGAUGGUCAGCCGCUACUGGUGAAUCAAUUAACAUGAAAACUAUUAUUUAAUAAUCUGAUGAUGACUUUGAAAAGAAAAAAUGCUUUAAUGUUUUAGAACUCAUGUAACCGGAAUUAUUAUCUACAGAAGAGACCCUUCAUAUUCUUAAAGAGAUUUUAUUAAGAUCUGUAAAGUCCCUUGAAUUAAUUAAGAAGAUUUAUUAAAUAUCAGAGAUUAAAGAACUUUUAUUAAUAUUUUCAAAAAUAGAUGAGAAAUGUUUAAUAUCCAAUUCAAAAUUGAAUAAGAUCAUCACUUGUGUUUUAGAAGAAAAAAGAAAGUUAUAAUCGACAAAUAGAAAUGAGAAACCGGAUUUCUUUAAUUCUUGA